AUUUAUUGCAGCUACGCCUAAACAAUAACACGCAUUAGGUUGCGUAGAAAAAAAACGAUAAAUUUUGAUAAUAUUCAAUACUGCUCUGACAGCAACCAGUGACAAAGUGCCUUAAGAGCUUUCGAAGAAGUAGAGCCAACAAGUGAUUUUCCUUACAAAUAAAUUAGUUAUUGAAAUUAGAUAAGGUGAAAAUAAUCUGCAAUCAACACAGCGCAAAAAGUGCCACUUCUUCAAACUCAAAAUACUCAGCAACACACCCAUGCAAUUUAGCUGAACUCCUCACUACAAGCCCAUCCAGUGAACACUGCCGCUACUAAUAGCUAAAGUAAAAAUAAUAGAAAACAAAAACUCUAACAUACACACUGUCGCUUCAUAAUGAGCAGCCAACCGGCCAGCCAGCCCGACAGCAUCGACUUAGCCUAUGACAUGUGGGCUGGCCAAUUCGAAUUUGUCGGACCCGCCACGAAUACGAACAGUAGUAACACCAGCAGCAGCAACAGCAAUAGCACCACCAGCAGUACAAUAACACUAAACAACGGCAACAACAACAGCAACGUACGUUUCGGCAGCGAUAGAAAUGCCAAUCAUAAAGGCUCCACCGACAGUUUAGAAGAUUUGAAUCUCAAUUUUGAUACCACACCCACACAAUCGACACUGAAUAGUAGCGCCUAUUCGCUGGGUUGUAAUCAAUAUCAAUAUAAUUUUGGCAAACAACCGAUAUUGAUUGAUCAAGAACAAUUUUUGAGUUUAAAUCCUGCCGAUUUUGAAGAUAUUGUGCCAUCGGGUCCGAAUUCAUUGGUGUUUAUUGAAAAUAAAUUGAGUGACGAUAAUAGUGAAAGUGAACAGAUUAAUAACAACAAUAGCAAUAAUAAUAAUAAUAACAAUAAUAAAUUAGUGAAUUUGGAAUCAUUAACGAGCAAAUUUAAUUCGAAUAAAACGAAUAAUACAAACACGAACGGUUUUAAGUUGGAAAAUUUGAAAAAUUUCAAAAAUAAAUUACUCUGUGAUUUCGAGGAUAAAGCGUCAAUGAUGAACGGUAAUUCCGGUGUUGUGAGUGUUGGUAUUGGUGUUAACGAUAGUGGUGCGGUGGAUGUUGGUGAUAUGCAAUCGCAUCGCUGUUGCAACAACAAAAUGAAUGGCUUGAGUGCUGAAAUCUGCGAUAAUCUGAAUGAACAACUGGAACUGCUGCAGCGUCAAGUCACCGACUUGGCCGACACACAGAAUAUCGCCGAGGAUCGCACAACGCGCACAAAGACGGAAUAUGCUGUGCUACAGACACGCUAUCAUAUGCUCGAGGAGCAGUACAGGGAGUCCGAGCUACGCGCCGAAGAACGUCUGGCCGAGGAACAGAAACGCUAUCGCGAACUACUGGCACGCGUUGAACGUGAAGCGGCACUCCAAAAUGAAAAUUGCCAAAUAAAAAUCAAAACUAUUGAACUAGAAGCCAAUACAUUGCGCGAAGAUGCGCAACGUCUGCGUGUACUAUGCGACAAACAAGCCAACGAUCUGCAUCGCACAGAAGAAAAAUAUGAAUUGGCGCGCGAUCAAAUUGUCGCUCUGCAACAGGAUCUCGAUGAGGCGACGCAACGUGAACGCAGAUACGAAGGGGAAAAGAAGGCGGCCGAAGAGCUGAUGUUGGAAUUGAGUAAAGAAUUGGAACGGUUGCGCGCUGAAACGGGUCCAGCGCUACCGACCACCUCACCGGAGACAAUAAGACUGGAGGAACUGCAUCAGGAGUUGGAAGAGAUGCGGCAAAAGAAUAAAGCUUUGGAAGAGCAAAAUGAGGAGCUGCAAGCGCAAGUGCUUACACGUGGCGUUGAGGAGGGACGCAAUCUGCUUAACGGCACGCUUAACAGUUUGGCGCAAGAGCUGGAGGAAAUGUCACAAGCACAGGAUUCUGUGGAUUCAGCCACAUUAGCAUCCCUAAGUCAGUUGCAGCAAGCCUUUCAAGAGAAGGAAGAUGAGAAUACCCGCCUAAAACAUUAUAUCGAUACGAUACUAUUGAACAUCGUAGAGAAUUAUCCGCAGCUGUUGGAAGUGAAGCCAGUGGCGAAAUAAAGCGUUGAACAGCAGCAAAAAAGGAGAGAAGUGGCAGUUGGCUAUGAAACGGAGAGCGAACAAGGAAAAGGAAGCCAACAAAAGAGCAAUUGAUUCGUGAAGAAGAAGCGCCAAUGCAUUUGAAGAACAGCGGCAAAGUAGGAAAAAAAUAAUUGGAAUUGGCAGUUUAAUGCUAAAGGAAAUACCGUUACAAAGACAUCGUCGACUGGUUGCAAACAAAUAAGCCCCUAUGAGCUGCUUGCAAGCCACUAUCGCAUUUCGUAUGAACAGCAAGAUGUGCCACCGAAGUCCUAUCGAACUCGAGUUUUCCUGAGGGACUUCAAACAAAUCUGUGUAGUUCCCGUUGGUACAGAGCUGUAUUGGCAUUGGUGUUCCUAUGUGGCUGACCAGUUUUUCCUUAUACAGCGCGCAGAAAAGCACAGGCUGACUUAUAUUUUUCUUGUUUUUGAUUUUUGGUUUAAUUAUAAUAUUACCGGAGUCACCGGAAACUGAUGAAGAACAAAUUUUGUAAAAAUAAAAAUAAUAAUUUUAAAAAUUAGUACAUGCAUCCAUACAUAGGUAUGUAUGUGUGUAGUUGCAUGCGCGCAUAGAUUAAAAUAUGUAGACUACACUAACAAUAGCUAAGUAUGAAAAAGAUAAUGAACUAAUAUACUAAAAUAAUUAAUAAUAGAACUAAUUAUAUAGACUUAAAUAAUAUUAAAAAAAUAAAAAAAUUUAAUUUAAUAAAAUAAUCUUAAAAUGUAACCCAUUUAUACCAUACCAGCUAUGAGUAAUUAUAAGCAAACACAAGCAAAAAAUAUGCCAACAUACACACAUACAAAAUAAUUGAGGAAAAAGUCCACUAAUAAUCGUAAUUCUGUAUUAAAAUAAGU